UGUUCCAAAAUAUGUAACCUGAAAGGGUGAAGUAUCUCCUGCUCCAGUUAUUAUCGUGGCAGGCACAGUAAGGCUGGGAAACUCUAUUUGUGCCGAAUUAUCCGAGGCUCGUAUUUCGACCUACAUCAUCCUUCCAACCUUCUCAGCGCAACUAGCAAUGGAGGGGACGCUCAGCAACGGCACUUCGAUGCUGUAAUCCAACAUCAUCAGUCAUCUAGUGCAGUGCGGAUCACAAACCAUGAAAAUUGUCAUCGUGGGCGGUGGCAUCUCAGGGCUGACGGCGUACCUGGCCCUGCAGAAGCACCUCCCCAAGCCCGCACCGCCGGCCCCCGACCACGAAUACACAAUCUACGAGCCCUACAACACCUCUCCAGCGACCACGUCUCACGAGCGAGCGCAGGUUGCCACACACUCUUCGACCCUGACCGUGGGGGGUGGGCUCGGUGUCGGCCCCAACGGGCUCCACGUGCUCCACCGGCUGGACGCCGAUCUGCUGCGCGACGUCGUGAGCAGUGGAUACAUGAUCGACCACAGUAAUCUGAAAAGCAAGCACGGUCGUCUCCUCGUGAAGCUAGAAUCAUCGGGGACAGGUGGCCGUCCCCAGGGCCCAGACCAACGGCUGCGUAUGCACAUGCUCGCAAUCAGCCGCCAUGCGCUCUGGAGCCGUCUACGUCGCGCGUUACCAGACACGGUGAUCGUCAACAAACGUGUUUCGCAGGUUAUCGCCGUCGCGGAAGGGCCAAAUCUCGUCAGCUUCGACGACGGCAGUCCUCCCGUGCAGGCGGACCUGGUGAUCGGGGCUGACGGGCUGAAAAGCACGGUUAAGCAUGCGCUAUUUGCCGAGGCGGAGGCGGAUCCAUAUCCCCCGCAUUACGACAGAGGCCUCGUGGGCGUUGGGGGCUUCAUCCCAGCAGACAGCGUCAACCACCUCGUCGAGACGGGGUCAAUGAACUUCAUCUUCGGCGGGAACGGCUUCUUCGGCUACUUCUACGCGGAAAGUGCGAGCUCGGACCGGAAUCGUGCUUCGCCGUGUCAUGUCUCGCAACCGGGGGAUCUGUUGGCGUGGUGGUCGACGUACGCGAUCGAGAAGAGUCCCCCCGACUCCAGAAGCAUUGAUACAGAAGAUGUCACUCGACAGUUGCGGGAGCGCUACGCCCACUGGACGGAUCCAGUGGUCCAGAGGAUCGUUCGUGAGAUCCGCGUGGAGAGUAUGUGGCCGACCUGGACCUCGCCGCAGCUGCCGACCUGGGAGCGGGACGGGAUCGUGCUGAUCGGCGAUGCCGCACAUUCGCUGCCCCCGACGUCGGGGCAGGGGUCGUCGCAGGCUUUGGAGGAUGUCGAGGCUUUGGUUAUGUUCCUUUCGCAUCAGAUGCGGCGGGUGUAUGCUGAGGAGAGCCAGCCCUUUAGUGUCAGGGUGGAGAAGGAAGCCAUCAAGGUUGCUGCGAAACAGUAUGAGGCGAUGAGACGGCCGAGGGUGGAAGCUAUCCUCGCGAGGGCGAAGAAUAUGCAGGACCGGAAGCGCGAUAUGGGGUUUGUGCAGGAGUAUGUGAUGUAUGCGUUUAUGUGGCUCAUGGGUUGCUUUCCAAGUGUCUUCAGGGAGCAGCAAGAGGCGUUGUUCGAGUAUGAUUUGCCGGGUGAUGUGGAGAGGGUUCUAGCGAGGGAUGUGUGAAUGGGAGCUGGAGGGGGAAUACUUUGGGGAAACAGCCGCCCUAUAUGCGCUAUGACGGUCGCUUGCGAGCUGCCA